CGGAAACACCACAGUGGGCUACAUAGAUGGCACCAGCAUCACUGACUCGGAACAUCGUGAUCUUUGGAGAAACAGGAGCGGGAAAAAGUUCCGUCAUCAACUUGAUGGCUGGCCAAGAGAUUGCGCACAUAUCGCCUGACUCUCACCGCUGCACUCUGCAUUGGACGGAGUACCAGAUAACCUUCGAAAAUGGGUCUCGAUACAAGGUGUUUGAUACGGUCGGCCUCGAAGAGCCCCGUUUACAAACCGGAGAGUACCUCUCCGCAAUUACAAAUGCAUGUGGCCUCGUCAGCACUUUGAAAGAACGUGGAGGUGUCAACCUCUUGCUCUUCUGUAUUCGUGGAGGAAGAGUCACUGAAACCAUGCAGAGCAACUAUAGGUUGUUCUUCGAAUUUCUCUGCGAAGAAAAAGUCCCGCUCGCGCUAGUCGUCACAAAUCUGGAAAGAGAGACAAGGAUGGAAGACUGGUACACGCGGAAUGGGUGUUACUUGGAGAAGUAUAACAUCAGGUCCGCGGGACACGCAUGCAUCACUGCGGCGCAACUUCUGGAUGGGAGGCAUAGAGACAAGUAUGAGGCGUCACGUGGAGUACUCCGUGGAGUAGUUGAGGCUCAUUGCAAUGGAUCCAUGGAAGGGUGGACCGGUGGACAAGGAUGGCUUGCUUCGUUCAUCAGCAAGCUCGUGGAAUUUGUCGUUGGACGUCCCAAAAAGACGGAUAUCAUUGGGAUCCUCACGAAACGAUGUGGAAUGACCAAGGAGGUGGCUCGGCAGGUAGUGCGGCAAAUGCAAGACGAAAAUUAAUCGUAGGAUGAUUUCGGACUCAUCAGUAAUUUCACCGAUGCCUUAUUUAGCCUUAUUUUACUCAACCGCCCCAGGUUUUCGAGCUGACUUAUAGCUUCGAUCCGAAGCUUAAGGUCGGAGCCACACUCCAAU